UCUGAAGGUUGGGGUGAACCUGGAGAGGAAGCAGAAAACUUACCCGGCAUGAAAAAAGCUCAGAGUCAUUUCACAAGAAUGAUGCAGUAAAUGAGAAAAUAAUAAGAAAGACAAAAAGCAAAGAUGGAAUUUGUUAAGGCUGUUGUCACUUUAGAAAGGAGGCCGUGUGAGAGGAAGCCAGUGCAGCUGGUCAUCAAAGAAAACAUUGAGAUGAAAGUGUUUUCUUCCAAUGAGCUUUGUAAGGUGGUGAUAACACAUGAGGAGGAGGAACACAGCUUUCAACACAGAUGCUUGGAGAGUCCUGUAGUCCCUAACUGUGUGCAAGAUCCUGAGCUGCAGGUCCAGACUCAACCCAGACUCCAGGCCAAACUCAAAAUAACGUCCCCAGGCCGGGAAAAGCCUCAGUACUCGGUUGUGGUCUACAGGCAAAAAAUUGAGAUGGAGCUAGAGGUGUUUCCUCCCAUCAGUGAGUCAAAAAAUCAGCUAGCAAAGCCGUCCCUUAACAAAGCUGAUUGUCUCAGAUGGAAGAGGCUGAUUCCUCAGAAGAAAAGGCUGGUGGUUAAAGAUGUGAUCUGUCUACCUAGAGGACACUGUAUGUCACAGCUGGACAGACAAAUUGUUCCACAGAGCAAAGACCAAGCAGCUCUGGCAGCCAUGGGAAUGAGUGCUCGCAUCACCAUUGACAGCAGCUGGACAGCCACUCAGGUGCAGAGCCGGCUGGCGAUGCUCUUCCAAGAGCACUUUGUAAAACAGACAGGACAAACGUUUGGCUUUACAUAUCUGCAGUGUGUGCAGGGCACCAGGGUGCUGUUUGUCCCAGACACUCCUGCAGAAGGCUGGACUGGAGAGCAGGUCCUCAGGAUCUCUGGACAUGGUGCUUUAUAUAUCCUGAGCCAUCAUGACUACUCAGAAUCGCCUGGGGCAGCUGAGGAAGCCACAGCUGGACACUGGGAAACAGUCCUCACCUUAGAAGACGAUGGCAAGACAGAGUUUUCGUUUGACGACCUCCUUGCUUUCAGAAUUGGAGCUGACAAUUUGCCACCUCUAGGCUUCUCCAGACUAAUAUAUGUUUUUACUCCCAGGUUGGUAUUUAACAUGAAAAAUUUCCCCACUCCUUUUGAUGUGUAGUCACAGGACUUACCACCAGCAUCAUAUUUUCAAUUUUACCUGGAUAUUUUUAUAUCUGGAUGAAACUAUUCACCUGAUACGAUCAUAAAAUAUAGCCCCCCACCCCCCACUUGAGAUUGAGAUGAAUCUUCACAUUUCCCUCACUGUAAAUUCAAUUUCCAGGAUGAAAACAUGCCAGAUGCACGUCUGCCUCAUGCCUCCACCUGUUCUCUGGAGCUAUAUUUGCCAACAGGAGUGGUAGGGGCUGUGGACCUGCUGAACAGAGCUGCGCAUGAGGCCCUGGGAGAUAGAGGCCAACUGAAGACAAGUGGUGAUGAGAUUAGGAAGGGAAUUCCCUCUUGGGUCUUAUGCCUCCUGCAGAAGUUGACUCUCUGGAGAUUAAAGGUUUCUGCCUAACAAUAUGACUAAAAGGAACCAGCCUCCAGUUUGUCAUAUCACUGUUGCUGUGUGUGGUGUGUUGCAUGUGACCUGAUGCUGGAGAUUAGACCAAUGUUUGCAUUGUAUAAGGGUUUAAGCAUUCUGAGUCUGAUGGGUUUAAAGCAUGUGGUGUUUAUAAAAGAACCUGUGCACAUUUCUUUUUCAUUGGAACAAAGUAUUUUAGAAGAACGGGAAGGAAAAAUACUAAAUAUACUGCCUUAGGCCUUUUUGGCAGUGGCAAAUCAGA